GCGAAGGCCCAUUGGCUCCAAGAAGCAGAAUAAAAAACCACAGAGCGGAGGUCCGUUCCUGAACGUCGCCCAUUUCCUGCUUCGUCUCCGUUCAUCUCAUCUUCGCCUCUUUGAUUUUUCAGCCAUGGAAAACUCCUCCCGCCGCCACGCUCUCAUUCCGAGCUUCCUCUACACUUCUCCCGUUUCUUCCUUCGCCCCCAAAUCUAUGGCGUCGGAGAAAAUCACCGCGGAAUCCAAUAUUAGCCCCCUUCAUCCCUCCUCGCCGGAUAAGAGCUUCCUGAUUCCGUCUCCCAACGAGCCUCUAGGCAAGAUCGAGAUGUACUCCCCGAAGUUCUACGCUGCCUGUACCGUUGGUGGUAUUCUGAGCUGCGGUCUCACUCACAUGGCCGUCACGCCUCUCGACCUUGUCAAAUGUAAUAUGCAGAUUGACCCUGCAAAGUACAAAAGCAUCUCAUCUGGUUUUGGAGUGUUGCUCAAGGAGCAAGGGGUCAAGGGCUUCUUCAGAGGAUGGGUUCCUACCCUUCUUGGGUACAGUGCUCAGGGUGCCUGCAAGUUUGGAUUCUAUGAGUUUUUCAAGAAGUACUACUCUGAUAUUGCCGGACCAGAAUAUGCAUCAAAAUACAAGACUUUGAUAUACCUUGCUGGGUCUGCCUCUGCAGAAGUGAUUGCUGAUGUUGCACUUUGCCCAUUGGAAGCUGUUAAGGUUCGUGUACAGACUCAGCCAGGGUUUGCUAGGGGGUUGUCUGAUGGGUUUCCAAAGUUUGUCCGAUCUGAAGGAGCUCUUGGGUUGUACAAGGGUUUAGUUCCUCUUUGGGGGCGUCAAAUUCCAUAUACCAUGAUGAAGUUUGCCUCCUUUGAGACUAUUGUUGAGUUGCUCUACAAGCAUGCAAUCCCCACACCCAAAAACGAGUGUAGCAAACCUUUUCAACUUGGAGUGAGCUUCGCUGGUGGAUACAUUGCAGGUGUUCUGUGCGCAAUAGUCUCUCAUCCUGCUGACAAUCUAGUCUCCUUCCUCAACAAUGCAAAGGGUGCCACAGUUGGUGAUGCUGUGAAGAAGAUGGGAGUUGUGGGCCUCUUUACCCGUGGGCUUCCACUCCGUAUUGUCAUGAUCGGCACACUCACCGGUGCUCAAUGGGGAAUUUAUGAUGCCUUCAAAGUAUUUGUUGGACUGCCAACAACAGGUGGUGGUGCUCCACCAGCUCCUGCGGAUGCAAAGGUUCCUGUUGCUUAAGCUGGUCAGAAGAAAAUCUGGGCGGUAUGAAUCAAUAAAGAUGGGACUUGCUGCUGCUUCUGAUGGUUUGUUUCUAUGUGUUAGAGUUAUAAUGAUGAUAAUUCUUUUGAUGAUCACGACUACAUUGGUGAGCAGUCCGAACAUGUUUUUGUUUUGUUUUGUUUUGCUUUGUUCAUUGAUCUCCUCCUAAACUUGCAAGAGUUUUAAAUUUUGGGAGGAUGAUUAGGAUACUUAUACUAUUAGGAUCCCGUUUUGCUCACAAAGAUUGGAAGGAUGGAAUAACCUCCUUCAACUCUUUUUUUUCCUUCUCCAGGUGAUGAAAUUAGUCAUCCCUUCUCCUGCCAUCUUUAUCUCUUUU